GCCAAAGCCAAACUAGUUCAAUGACGUUAGCUGUCAGUUUCACCGGCCGGCAAACGCGUGGGUCGCCCAGUGAAAUUUGUACCUACCAGUACCUACUACUGAGCAGAUAGACCUGUCAUAUCGGCAAUAUCAAGAUGUCGCUUCUAUUAGGCCGUAUUUGGCGAGCGCAGAAGGCUGCAUUUUCUCGUCAUACAAGAUGCUAUUCUAUUCCACCCUUUGUGUACUCGGAGGAAGUAAGCCAAGCGAAAGCGGACCGAAGGCCGAUAGUUGCGUUGGAAUCGACCAUUGUUACACACGGGAUGCCUUAUCCGAGCAAUUUGGAAACGGCUCGAGAGGUUGAAGACAUUAUUCGGAAACGGGGUGCUACGCCUGCAACGAUCGCUAUCCUCAAAGGCCAGUUAACUGUGGGUCUAACAGCACAACAACUGGAAUACCUCGCCCAAGCGCAAGGUGUUGUGAAAGCGUCUAGACGAGACCUAGCUCCGGUGAUAGCAGCUCAACAAGACGGAGCAACGACUGUAGCUGGCACUAUCAUAGCUGCAGAGCUCAGUGAUAUACCAGUAUUUGUCACGGGUGGCAUAGGUGGAGUUCAUCGUCAAGGAGAAAAAACAAUGGAUGUAUCAGCCGAUCUCACCGAGUUGGGGCGAAGCAAGACGCUGGUCGUGUGUAGCGGUGUCAAGUCAAUUUUAGAUAUUGGACGGACUCUCGAGUACUUGGAAACUCAAGGAGUGACUGUAUGUUCCUUCGGCGAUUCCAACAACUUCCCAGCGUUUUACACGCCUCGCUCGGGUUACCAAGCACCAAACCGCGCAGUCGACGCACUCCACGCAGCGCGAAUAUUGCAUGCAGCGAAGCAGUUGCAACUUUGCUCCGGUAUAGUUGUUGCUGUGCCGAUACCUGAGGAACAUGCAAUGGAUAGUAAUAUCAUCGAGGAUGCAAUACAAAACGCUUUGCUUGAAGCCAACAAGCUCGGAAUUAAGGGCAAGGAAGUGACUCCAUACCUUCUGGCCGCCGUGUCUGCAGCUACUGGUGGUGCAUCACUCAGUGCGAACAUCGCCCUCAUAAAGAACAACGCUAAAGUCGGCGCCGAUAUUGCCGUCCAAUUUCAAAAACUGAGGAAUGUUGACAAUUUAGAGAACGCUUUUAAUAUCGGAGUCUCAAAGAGCCCUGGGAAAUGUACGACAAAUUCUUCGAGACGGUUCCAUACUUCGUGCGCCGCGCGUAUCAAAGGAGGAGAUAUGAUAAAUAAUGAUUUGGAAGGCGACGUGCUCGUUAUCGGCGGAGCCAACGUCGACAGGACGUACCGGGUGUCGGAGAAAACUGUUCAGCUCGAUGGCAGUACCCACGCGUGCAAGACGGAGCAGUGUGGCGGUGGCGUUGGCAGAAACAUCGCGGAGGCUCUGUGGCGGCUGCGAGGUGGUCGAGCCAGGCUCCUCACUGCGAUCGGCGACGAUGCCGAUGGUCAAUACAUAGACAACAUCGCACCUGGCUUAAUACUUAAUGAUUGUGUAGUGAAAUCUGCAAGAACUGCAAAGUACGCGGCAGUGUUUGAUGCGAAGGGCGAGUGUCUUCUUGGUCUUGGAGAUAUGGAUAUUCAUAAUGAAAUUACUGUUGAGCUCGUAAAACGUCACAUCAAUGUGCUGAAACAGGCUCCGCUAGUAGUCAUUGAUGGCAAUAUACCAUUAACGACAAUGGACUAUAUUCUUGGAUUAUGUAAAGAAAUUGGAAAGCCGGUAUUUUUUGAACCUACCGACAGAAGAAAAGCAAUAAAACCAUUUCACGGGAAUCAUAGUUUCACGUUUGCCUCACCCAAUUUGAUGGAACUCAGAGCUAUGGCUAACUUCUUCAAGCCAGAUACCAACACCAUCAAAACUAAUGAAUUGGACGAAAUUAUUGAACUUUCAAAAAUAAUAUUACAAUUUGUAACAAUGUUGAUUGUAACAAGAGGAUCAAAAGGUGCUAUUACAAUUAAACAUGCAAAUAGUGAAAAAAGAAAUGUUAAGGAAUUGGAUGUAAAAGUCUAUUCUACAGAAAUUUUGGAUACUGUGGAGAAUGUUUCAGGUGCGGGAGAUUGCUUUGCAAGUGGAUUCAUACAUGGUAUGCUCCAGAACUUUACAGAAUCACAAUGUAUCACCGUUGGGUUUGAAACAGCGAAACAAGCACUCAGUUGUAAAGAAAAUGUUCCUUUGAAAUUCAACAUUAAAGCAAAUUCGAAGAACAAUGUUUCCUAACGCUACAGAUGAAUCAAAAAAAAUAAACACUGAAAUAGCUAGAUAUAUCUACCUACUUUACGAGAUUAAACGAUUCGAAAGAUUUACGAGUACAUCAAACUACAUUCAUAGUUAUCUUCAGAUACUUAGAUAAUGAUGAGCGUGCCAUAAUAUUCUCGGAAAUGUAAUUUAGAAUCAAAAAUUUACUUUUCCUGUACAUAUACACACAUAGCAAUCACCUAAUUUGUUUAAAUGGAUGUCUAAAAAAAGGCACUCCAUUGAAUUCCAACGUUACAAUGGUAUAUCACUUACAAUGGCAUGCUAAUCAUUAAUCUAUUUACUUUUCUGUCUACGUACUUGUAUAUACUAACAGAUUUAUCCAUUCUAUAUUUGUUUUAAACCAUGGUUGCUACAUAUACAUAGCAACCAUGGUUUAAAUCAAAUUGGGAAACAAGUUCACGCCAAAGCAGAUUUAAAGUCAACAUAUUUACU